CACCGGCAUUCGUCACGCCCUUACCUCUGCUUAGAUUUUUUUCUCUGUACGACCACGAUCCACUAAUUCUCUAUCGUAAUCGCAUCUUAUAUCCAUCAUGGCCGUCGUUGGAGUUGAUUUUGGUUGUCUGCAUAGCAAGAUUGGUGUGGCCAGGCAUCGAGGCAUCGAUAUCAUCACGAAUGAAGUGUCGAAUCGCGCAACGCCAUCCUUGGUUGCGUUUGGUCCCAAACAGCGUUCCAUUGGCGAGGCUGCUAAAACGCAGGAGACUUCAAAUUUUAGAAACACCAUCGGCUCGUUGAAGCGACUCGUCGGGCGAACGUUGAAUGAUACAGAUGUGCAGAAUAUUGAGAAAAAGUUUAUCAAUGCAACCCUCGUCGACGUCCACGGUUCUGUUGGGACUGAGGUCAAGUACCUUGGAGAGAAACAGACCUUCUCAUCUACCCAACUUGUCGGCAUGUAUCUCGCCAAACUCCGUGAUAUUGCUGCCAAUGAGCUCAAGACGGGGGUCACCGACAUUGUCAUUGCAGUCCCGGGAUGGUACACCGACAUCCAGCGCCGUGCUGUCCUUGACGCUGCUGCUAUCGCUAACCUUAACGUUCUCCGACUGAUCAACGACACCACCGCUGCUGCUCUGGGCUAUGGCAUCACCAAAUCCGACCUCCCAGAACCCGAAUCACCUCGUCAUGUCAUCUUUGUUGAUGUCGGACACUCCGGCUUGUCGGUCGCCGUCGUAGCUUUUGCGAAGGGACAACUCACCGUCAAGAGCACUGCAUACGACCGUAAUCUCGGCGGUCGGGAUAUCGACUAUGCCCUAGUACAGCACUUUUCGGAAGAGUUCAAGGGGAAGUACAAAAUUGACGUCAUGUCGAAUCCCAAGGCUACUUUCCGUCUCGCCGCGGGAUGCGAGCGCCUGAAAAAGGUGCUUUCUGCCAACGCUGAGGCGCCCCUUAACAUAGAAUCCAUCAUGAACGACAUCGACGCCUCCUCGAAGCUCACCCGCGAAGAGUACGAAGGCCUCAUUGCCCACGUCCUCGAUGGCAUCGCUGCGCCGCUUCAACGCGCUCUGGAGGACUCGGAGCUCACCCUCGACCAAAUCGACGCUGUUGAACUCAUCGGUGGAUCCACGCGUAUCCCUGCCGUCCGGGCUCGCAUUCAAUCAGUCUUCCCCGGAAAGGCCCUCUCCACCACCCUUAACCAGGACGAGGCCGUUGCCCGUGGUGCCACCUUUGCAUGCGCCAUGCUUUCCCCAGUCUUCCGUGUCCGUGAUUUCCGGUUCACAGACAUUGCCACGUACCCAAUUAAAACGAUUUGGGAAGCGUCACCCGACUCACCUGAGGAGGAUACCGAGCUUGUGGUAUUCCCCCGUGGUAAUGCACUUCCUUCAUCAAAAGUCAUGUCCUUCUACAAGAAGGAGCCAUUCACUGUUGAGGCUGUGUAUGCCGAACCUGCUUUGUUGCCCGGCAGCAUUAACCCUUGGAUCGCCAAGUUCACAACCAAGGAAAUUCCUACCGUCAGCGGCAGUGAUACUCCUGUGAAGGUCAAGACGAGGUUGAAUGCGAACGGACUUCUGUCAUUCGAAGCUGCGUUCAUUGACGAGAUUGUGGAGAAGGAGGAAGCUAUGGAUGUUGAUGCCGCUCCCGAUGCUCCACCCAAGAAAAAGAAGGUUAAGCAUGACGUUCCAUUCGUUUCGGGCGCGUCUAGCUUGGACAAGAGCAUCGUAGAAUCCUUGAAAGAGCAAGAGGCCCAAAUGCACGCCAGCGACAAGCUUGUGAUGGACACCGAGGAUCGUAAAAACGCUCUCGAAGAGUAUGUCUACGACACUCGCGGCAAGCUCGAUGAUAGAUACGCCCACUUCGUGAAACCUGAAGAAAAAGAGAAACUUCUCGCCGCUCUCCAGGAGGCAGAAGAUUGGCUCUACUCCGAAGAAGGUGAAGACGCAACCAAAUCGGCCUACGUUACCCGUCUGGACGCCCUUAAAGUCCUUGGCGACCCUAUCACCUUCCGUUGGCGCGAAUCCGAAGAGCGAGCCCGAGCCAUCACCCAGCUCCGUGAAACGCUUAACAGCUACAUGUCCCAAGCCACAUCCUCCGAUGACAAAUUCUCCCAUAUCGAAGAGAAAGACAAGCAGGCCGUCGUGGAGAAGGUCGCGACUGUACAAAAGUGGCUUGAGGAUCAGAUCAUCAGGCAGACGGAGCGUCCAAAGAAUGUGGACCCUGUGCUGACGAGCGCUGAGAUUUCGAAGAAGAGGGACGAGGUUAUCUACUUUGCGACGCCAAUCUUGACGAAGCCUAAGCCUAAACCGCCGGUGGUUCCGAACAGUGGGACCGGAACGCCCAAGAGUGGUAAUGAAACGCCGGCGGAGGAACCUCCCAAGAAGGAGGAGCCUAACGGGCCUUCAGAGAUGGAUGUAGAUUAGUUCAUAAAUUGUGUGUGUAGGGAUACUUGAUAGUAGUUACGCGUGCUGUAUGUUUGGUAUAGACAAAAAUUCACAUCGCUACGGGCCGGGUUGCGAAAGAAUUUUCUGGUAUGAUGUGACGUCACGCUGUCGCGCAGUCA